GUGCACAUAGUCUGCAGGCAGAAAGAAUGGACCAGAUUUCCACUUUAAACUUUGCACUUUUGUUCCUGACAAUAUUUCAGAAUGUCUCUUCGAAUUAUAGUGAAAAAAGAAUUCUUUUAACUGAUCCUACCUUUUUGGAUCAAAGACUUAGCAAUCUCGAACAUAAAAUCCAAACACUGGAAUCGGAAAAUCAUAAUCUGGAGCAAGAAGUGCAAAAUCUUAAAGGUCGUCUGAAUCAGCUAGAGACAACUAAUAAAGGUGGAGAUGGUACCGUAUAUGUACUUUGGGGAAAACAUUCCUGCCCUUCCAAUGUAUCUGUGACCAUCUACUCAGGAUACGCAGCUGGUGGAUGGUGGAAUUACCAGGGUGCACCACCAAACUAUCUUUGUCUCCCGGAUGACCCUGUAUCAAGCGGAAAGACAUUUUCUGGUGGUUCAGUAAACUACGUAUAUGGUGUAGAAUACGAAACCAACUUUUGGAAAGUCCAUUCAAGUAAUGAAGAUGCACCUUGCGCUGUAUGUGCAAGCUUAUCUGGAUCAAAGAUGGUGAUGAUUCCAGGACGCAGUUCAUGUUAUUCAGGUUGGACAAUGCAGUAUCAUGGAUAUCUCGGAGCAAAUUAUUAUGAUUAUAAAAGUAGCUCCGAGUAUGUCUGCGUUGACCACGAUCCUGAUUUUUUAAAUGGUGGUGAAAGGGGAACCGAUGGUGCUCUCUUUUAUCCUGUUCUGUAUCAGUGUGGUGCCUUGCAAUGUCCACCAUAUACCGGCAAUGAAGUUGUUAACUGUGUUGUCUGCACAAAAUAAUUGUUCAAUAAAAUAGUCACCAUAAAUUAAUUCUCUC